AUGUCACAGCGCCCAAAAGCAACACGUCAAGGAACCUCCGAGCUCGAGUUGCCACCAACCACCCUCUCCAAGGUGCAGUUCCAGCAGGUCAGGAACCUGACAAAGGACGACGGCCACUUCAACCUUGUCAGAAACUUCAAUCUCGCAGAUGUUAUCACGCUGUGUAACGGGGCCUGUGGCGCCCUGUCUAUCUUCUCGAACCUGCGAUACCUGAUCACCCACGAAGAGUACUAUCUCUGGCUCGCGAUGUGGUGCAUCCCACUCGGGUUCACUUUCGAUGUUUUUGAUGGCCGUGUUGCUCGUUGGAGAAAGACGAGCUCCAUCCUCGGACAGGAGCUGGAUUCGCUGGCCGACGCUAUCUCCUUUGGCGUCGCCCCAGCCGUGCUUGCGUUCGUGGUCGGAAUGCAGAGUUUCUUGGACACGGUCGUGCUGACCUGCUUUGUUUGCUGUGGAAUUGCGCGUUUGGCGCGUUACAACGCCACGGUCGCGAUCUUGCCCCACGACAGCGAUGGCAAAGUGGAUUACUUUGAGGGCACACCUAUCCCGACAUCGAUUGCACUUGUGGGUGUGAUUGCGUACCUGGUGCACCAUGGCCAGACUGGAUCCCAGUUGCCGGGUGGGUUGAUCGAGAUCGUGCCGGGGUAUUCAUUCCAUGCCAUGGUUGCCAUGUUUGGUAUCAGUGGUACUCUCAUGGUCAGUAAAUCGCUCAGGAUCCCCAAGUUGUAA